CGCCAUAUAUCUCAGACAGAACAGCGUCUUUUUACUUUGAUUUAUUUUGAAAUUAUUGUAAUUAUAAUGCGAACUUUCAUUCAAGUAACGAUGAUUGAUUGACAAAUGUCCAAAUGUAAAACCAGAUCAAAUGAAAUAAAUAAAUAAAAUUAUUAAUUUCUUUUCAUCAGACAACUUCGAGUCGAAUUGUAACUAAUACUGAGGCAAUUUUUAAAACUUUUGUCAAUUAAAAUAGGGUCAUGACUUUCGUUUGUAUAUAUUAAUAAUAAUACAUUGUUUAACUUAACUUUUUUUUGGUGAAUGUCACAUGAUCAUCGAAGUUCGAAAGCAAUAGGCGUCGUCACUAUAGCAACAGUAUGUGUCACAAGGUUUUCGGAACUGGCUAGUUAUAAUACAAAAUCUUUUAUUCCAGCUUACUUUCAUCAAGAAAUACAUUGCAGUAUUAUUAACAACUCAAAUAUCAAAGAAAAAAAAUGGACUCAUCUGUGGCAGAAGCAAGUAACCACUUGGGAAUAAAUUUAUACAAAUUGUUGGCCGAGGAAAACACCAAUGUUUUCUUUUCACCAUUCAGCAUCUCUACAGCUUUAGCCAUGCUGUUUUGUGGUGCGCAAAAUGAAACAGCUAAGGAAAUGAGAAAAGUGUUAGGAUAUGAAAUUGCUAACAUCAAAGAUGAAGAACUCAAACAUUGUUUUCAGAAGCUUCUUGAUACAUUUGACAUUAACCAGGAAUCUUACACUUUAAAUUAUGCUAACACUGUUCUCAGUCACAAAGAUUUCUCUGUAAAAGAAGAAUACAAAUCACUAUUGAAAGAUUUUUUUAAAGCUUUUUUCCAGGAGGUUGAUUUUGUAAAUGAAAGCGAAAAAGCAGUUAAGUUAGUAAAUGAGUGGGUUAAUGAUAAAACUAAUAAUAUGAUUCCUAAGCUUUUGGAUUCCCUGGAUCCUUCUACUGUGAUGAUAAUUCUUAAUGCUGUAUAUUUUAAAGGACUUUGGUCCCAUCCGUUUGAUGAAAAGAGUACCUUUAAGCAGUAUUUCUAUAAUAAAGGUGAUGAGGAUGAUUACAAACAAGUAGAUAUGAUGCACUUGAAAGAGGAGCUUGGUUUUGUGGAGAAGGAAUCGUUUAAGGCACUCCAGCUUCCUUAUAAAGGAGAUGAUAUAUCUAUGCUUAUUCUGCUGCCUAACUCCAAAGAUGGCUUGAGAGAAUUGGAGAAUUCUCUGAGUUCCACUUUCAUUCAGGAUCUAAAGGAAAAUAUGAGGGACACAAAAGUAGAAGUAGCACUUCCAAAAUUUAAACUCGAGUACUCAAAAUCACUGAAAGAGAAAUUUCAAAGUCUGGGUUUGAAUCUAGUAUUUAAUAGAGGUGCUCAUCUUAAUGACAUCAAUGAUUCAGGGGAUCUUCUGGUUUCUGAAAUCAUCCACAAAGCUGUUCUUGUAGUGAAUGAAGAAGGCAGUGAAGCUGCAGCUGUCACAGCUGUAAUGGUGAUGAUGUGUGCACUGACAUUUGACCCAGAAUUUAUUGUAGAUCAUCCCUUCAUGUUUGUGAUAUACAAUAAUAAGAAUGAUCUCAUCCUAUUUAUGGGCAGAGUAGAUGAAUUAGGAAAUAUAGAUGGCGACUAAAUUUCCUUGCACUUGUUGUUUAAGAUUUCUUUAAAGAUGCAAUUGUAAGAUAAUAUAAGCUUUAUUGUAAUUGAUGGCAAGAUAUGCUUUUGAGAGUUAGAAAAGAAUAUUUUUAUUAUAUUUUUAUAUUAUGGAUUUUUUAGUAUACUAUUUUAUUCAUUCACCUCUUCAACAAUUUUUCUUGAUAACAUUUCUUUAUUGUAGGAAAAUAAACACUUGCAACACUAAUUGAUUAAAACUGCCAAUUUAUAGUAUUCAAAAUAUUACUUAUUAUUAGAUUGAAUGCUGUAUGUUUUAUAUUUUCUAAUAUUCAAUGUAUGCUAAUAUAAGCUGGAAGGGAUUCAAAUAAAAUUUAUUUCUUGUUUAUUUAUUAAUUGUCGUUUUUAAUGUAAUUUUUAUAUCUGUCCAAUUAUUAAAAUGGAUUUUAUAAAUCUUUUCAUUUUGUAUCACAUAUUAUUUAUGAAUUUCUUAAUUAAAUAGGUAGCAAUAUGUGAUAAUGAGCUAUUGUCAACUUCAGCUGGAUUCAGUAGUGAAAUAUGUAAUAUGUUGGCAAAAGUAAAUGAUCAUCGAUUCUUUGGCUACUCUGUUAAAUUGUUUCAUUUUUUUAAUAUUUUUAUAUGCAGUAAUCUGUGAUCACACAGCUUAUUAAAUUGUUAUAUCAUGAAAAUAGUAUUUGAAUUUGUGGCAUUUUUUAAAUUUGUUGUUUUUUGUUUGUUAUAGUAAUCAUAUAGUUUUUUAUUUAUUGUUUAAUUGUAUUUAAAAUAUAUAUGUGUGAGCUAUGUAAAUAAUUUCUCUUAUAACAGUUUAUAAAUGCUAAAUGAAAUGGUUGAAUUCUGUUUGUAAACAGAUAUCUCUUUCAAAGGCUGCAUGACUGUUUCUAUUAGUUCCUGAUAUAAAACGACUGAGAUUACAAUAUUUUCAGAUUGUAUUUUAUUGUUUAGAAAUUUAUAUGUCUGUAGCUAAAGAAUGUUAUUCAAGGUUAGAAUUUAUGCAAGAUGUUUAAUAAAUAUGAUUUUAAUAAUGCAUUUCAGUUUGAA